AUGUAUCUUCAAUUGAUGGAUAUCUCGACAUUGAAAACAAAAUCUUGCAAAAGGGGGGAAAGGCGGGAUACAGUUUCCGUUCGUGAAUAUUACUGUUACAAACUUCAAAUAAGAAACGAUGAUGAAGAUGAAAUUUUACACACUGGAAGAGUAUUUCAGCAAUAUUCAGUACAUGGAUACAUAAAACUUGAGACCCAAAGGUUAGAUUUCAUUUCCUUCAACCAAGAUUUAUUCAGAACGGAUGUAUUGCAAGGGCUGCGUGACAUUUUAAGGCUUGGGGAACGAAAUUCUUCUAAUGUUGGAAAACAAAGAUUCCUUCCUGCUUCUUUUAUAGGGGGGCCGCGUGAUAUGCGACAACGACAAAUGGAUGCUAUUGCAUUAGUACAACAUUUUAGUAAACCAGAUUUGUUUUUUACUAUGACUUGUAAUCCGACUUGGCCCGAAAUAAAAGAACAUCUCUUGUUAACUGACGAAGCACAAAAUAGACCUGAUUUAAUUAGUCGCGUAUUCCGAGCUAAAAUUGAAGAACUCAAAACAGAUAUAAACAAGCGAAAUAUCUUUGGAAAAGUUGCUAAUGAAUACAAGUUGAUAACACCAGAGGCAUAUGACAGUAUAAUUAGUGUUGAAUUACCUGACGAAGUUAAAGAACCGGAUUUAUACGGACGUGUUCUUAAACAUAUGAUGCAUGGAUCUUGUGGUGAUCUAAAUCCAAUGAACUCGUGCAUAAAAAAAAAGGGUUAUUGUAAAUUUAGCUAUCCAAAUCAAUUUGCUGAUCAGACAUUAAAAGGGAAAGAUGUAUACCCAAUCUACAAAAGGAGAAAUACUGGAAAGAUGGUAAAGAUAAGAGAAAAACUAUUAGACAAUUCUUGGGUUGUUCCAUACAAGCCAUUCUUGCUUGGCAAAUUUAAUUGUCAUAUGAAUGUUGAAGUUUGCUUAGAUAUUAAAGUUGUUAAAUAUCUGUACAAAUAUAUUUGUAAAGGACAUGACAAAAUAGCUUUUGCCGUAAAUAAUAAUGAUGCGAACGUAGAAAUAGAUGAGAUAAAAGAAUAUCAAUCUGCAAGAUGGGCAUCACCGCCAGAAGCUACAUGA